UCUCGCUCUGCCAUGCUGCAUGCCUGCUGCAGUCUUUACAGGGUUUCUUUGCAUUCCCCCCUCCCUUAGGCUGCCAGGGGUGGCCACGUUUCAGGAACGAGGGAACGAGUGGCACCCGCUGUCUCCGCCACCACUGGCGCUGCCAUCCCAUCACCCACCCGCCCACCGGGGACUGAGGCCCUUAUUUCUGCCCCCCUCCCCCACUCUGGCCACAGAUGUCUGCCCCCUUCCUGCAGAACUGGGUUCCACUGUUCCCAGAACCCGCCGCUCAGGCUCCACCCACCCCCACACCAGGCCUCCUCUGCUGCGUUUUCCGAGUAUGACAGUGUGGCUCUAUGGUGUUCCUGCUGGCCUCCGUAGUUGGGUCGGACCCUUCGGAUCUGCGCUGUGAUAUGCACAGAGGAUUCCAGCCUCUUCCAGGAGGCAGAGAGAAAGGGACAGGCCCAAAAAAAACAGGAUACCGGGGUGGGGGGGACAGGACCGCUGGGGUGUGGUCAGACGUCAGUGUGUGUCGUCUAUGGUUACUUCAGCAGCCAGGUUUGGUGGCUUCAGUGUAGCUGAUGACCUGGUGGCUGAUGGGAUGGGUGUGAUUGGGGUGCAGCUUGGGGUGAAGCUGCCGCACGGACAGGUAAUGGCAACAUGGAGCCCAGGAAAGCCCAGUCAGGCACUUCAUGGGGUGUCUACCAAAGUGCCUGAUUUCUACAGGGUUAACUUUCCCCAACCUUGUAUGCCUCUCGAUAAAGAAGAGGUGAAGCAGCGGAGAAUAUCUGGAAAAUACACACUGCUGUGGAUGAAGAUGCCAAGCGGAGACUUACUGUAAGACAGCGCAGGAAAAGUCAUAGCGGCUUCUCAUAUCAGGCCCCGGCACAGGAGCUGCGAUCGUUAGUCAUGCUCCGAGAGGAGGCCCCGGGGCUGCCUGCUCACGCCGCCUCUCAGCCUCCUGACGGUCGGGUCGGGCUGCGCGUGAGGAGAUCGCCCCAGUUCCACUGAAUAGUACGUGUCAGGAUUCACGUGUACAGCGUGGUCAGGUGUGUCGGGGGGAGAGGGUUACUGGCCACCCCUUUGGGUGGGAAGUCACUGCAACGAAGGCAAGGCUCACCAAGUUCCUGGAUAAUUAUGUUUUUUUUUAAUUAAAGCCAGAUCAUCAACUGUAUUUCAGAAAGGGAGGGGUUGUGGUGGAGGGUGAGAAGCUCGAGUAGAAAAAAAAAGUUUUAUUUCGCCAGUAAAAUAAAAAAUAAUGAGCAUGCUGUCAGAGCCCUGUGACCCGUGCCCCCCCCCCCCCCCAAGGAAACACACCUUUGGGCACCAACAAAGGACACUAUGUGUCCAGGCGUCAAUGCAGCCUUUCUGGUGCCUAAUAGUACAUUCCCAUUUGGGGUACAGAGGUUUUGUUUUGGGGGGGGCUUGUUCUUAGAGUGAUCUCAUCCCCCAUAGCCUGACUCAA